UUUAAAAAUUAAAGUAAAAAUUUCCUCUGAUGAUCAUAUAUCUUUUUACGGGGAUAAAAGAUCUUUUACAAAAAGAGAAGAGUUUAAAUAAUAAAACACAAAUUAUUUGUAUCGUAAUAAAAUUGUACGAUUUUUUUUUAUUAAUUUCAAUAUUCUGUUAAAUGAAUGAAAUAAUUUUUCAUUGAUAAUUUCGUUGCAUUGAUUUUUCGAGCUGGUUUCCACAGAGCUUCCUAGACACAACAAAGCGUUACUACGAACGCCUCGUGACAGACCUCUGGAUGGCUCCGAGACAGUCGCGCAGCGAUUAGCUACAAAGAAAGGUGGUUCCUAAUACAAUCGUACACAAUAGAUAUCGCGCAAAUGCUUUUCUGAAGAAAAAUUCGAAAGACUUGCAUGUGAAAUUGAUUACGAUACGAAUCGCGAAUCGGCAGAAAGACAGUUGAACGGGUGAUGCAUGAGGAUCUAAAAUGACACGCGGAAAUCGAGCUUCCCAUAAACGAAGAUCUACAAUGGUUGAGCGAAAUGACAGCGACGACGAUGCUUCCGGUCACGGUGAAAACGACAGCUACGUAAAACGUGAUAACACACCAUUGCAGAAACGACCGACCAGCUCAGAAGAUUCCGGUCGACCCUACAAGCGGGAAAUUAAAAGUUUUUUCGAGAAACAAGACAACACCGAAGAUACGGAAAGCGUCUCUGAAUCACCGGAUCUUAAGAACAAUGAUAAGUCUCGCAGAGCUGAAGUACAUGUUCAUGGAAAAGCGCGUUACUCUGACAUUCGCGAAAGUGAGGACAGAAUUACAUCGAGAUCUCUUGAGGGAAGGAGGAAACGUAGUAAACGGAUCGAACGACGAAAGCUUCGAGAACGGCCUCACACGACAGAUCGCGAUCACGAUCGGACCGAUACCGGAUCUUCUAUAAAGCAUUAUAGUGGAGAGGAUAGUUUCACCGAUAAAUCGCGAAAAAGAAGAAGUAUCGCUUCCCGAGCGAACGAUCACGAAGUGCCUAUCACGGAAAUCUUGAAGAAAGCCCAGGAAAAUGCGCGCACAAAGUAUGAGGAACCUGUGCCGCUUCCGGAAUUGACUACGGACACAAUUUAUAUUCAAGGCAGGAAUGGCUUUAGCGCCGUGAAAAUUGCCGGAUCGAGACGUGCCUUGAGAAAUGAUACGACGCGUGCAACAGAGGGUAGAGAAGAUCGCGAUUCCGCAGAGACUCAAAUGCACACACUCAUAAAAGUGGCAAUCACGGCUCAGAAAUUUUGGCGAUGCACGGGACUCGUCUAUCAAGGUCUCCUGGGCGGAAUGGCACUCUUGCAUUUCAUUAUGAUUUACAUCUUCUUCAAUACUUCGACGGAAUUCAUCUCGAGUUAUUCGAUUUUUUCCGAAGUCUAUACAAAUAUAUUUUCCUUCUUGAUCGCCCUCUGCGUCAUCUCCGUCUUCGACAAAUUCGAUGUGGCGCGACUCGAUAUGGAUCAUUUGCGUGAGAUUUAUAUGGAUCAUGCAAAAACCGCGAUCGCCGUUCCACUUUAUUUAAUAACGUUUAGCCUUCAUCAAGCGUCGUUGAAAAUCGACGAUCAGUUAGCUUUGAUACAUUAUCGCGAAAUGAAUGGAACUACGUGGUCGAACAACACAGCGCGAGAAACUUUACUCGAAGAAUUAGAGGGUUGGCAGAAGAUAACGAUGUCAAAAGACCUUCUCGCGGUUUUCGCUUGGCUGUUCAUUGCUCUCGGAACGCGAGAUGAUAUGCUACUGAUGCAUCUGGAAUCGAUGGAGCAAUAUGCGAGCAACGCGGAAUUUCCUAGAUGACGAAAGUCUCAAAAUUCUUUCGCGCGACUGUACAGACUGAAUAUCGUAAAAUAUCGAAAUAUAUAUCUUAAAGAAAUAAUUAUUUUCCUGAAUGUAUGUAAUACAUACCGAGUCGAUUCAGGAUGCGGAAGAUCGUCGAAUUUAUAUAUGAUAUAAUAUUCUGUAGAAAGAGGGCACAAAUACGAUUUAAACAUUUAUUCCGUAACAGAAUAGCGUUUGAUAUGUACAAUAUGUAUAAAGUUCUUCUAGACGCUAAUCGAUAAUACAUGUAUACAUAAUAGCAAAGAGGACAAUAAUAUAUAUAUAUAUAUAUUAAGAUUAAAAUAACAUAUGAUGUAAUGGUACAGUAGUAAAAUAUGUCUGAACUUUCUCGAGCGCGCAAUUUCGGUAGAAUCCGCAAUCGCAAGGAUGUUCAAUUAUCGACGACUAAUUAUCAAAUAAUUUAUAUAUCAAAAUUUGUUACGGGACACGAUAGAGACAAAAAGAGAGAUGAAAAUCGUCGAAAAGUAUAUAGAUUUUCGGAAAUUUUUCGUAGUCUGCGAUUGCGGAUUCGAGCGGCGCGUUUCCGUUGUACGAGAAAGAAAAGCGUUUAUUUAUUAUAAAUAAUGUGCAAAGGCUUGUACUCAUUUGCGAAGCAACGGAUAAAUAUAUACAUGCCGUUCGUGUGUGAAAUUUA